AUGGGAUCAAUGAAUCAGCCUCCUGUGUGCAAACAGAUAUUCCGGUUGAAUAACGGCUCGGAAAUUCCUGCAGUCGGGCUUGGAACGUGGCAAGGCCAAUUUGGAAGUAAAGCUGCUGAGGAGCUGCGAGCUUCCAUCAUCCACGCGCUCCGCAUCGGAUACCGAUUGAUUGAUACAGCCCAAUACUACGGCGUUGAGGAAAUCGUCGGGGAUGCAGUUCGCGAAUCAGGAGUUCCUCGAAGCGAGAUUACUGUGAUCACAAAAUUCUGGGGCGAAUGGCACCAUGACCCUGCUGCUGCAUUGGAUAAAUCAUUACAUGAUUUAAAUAUCGAAUAUAUCGACAUUCUGCUUAUGCACUGGCCAUGGGCAAUGUCAAGUGACGGCAAACAAUUGCUACGGCCUGAGGAGUCACCUACUUAUGUUGAAACAUGGAAGAAGAUGGAGGCACUUGUCGGUCCCAAGUGUCGGGCAAUAGGUGUCAGUAACUUUACGCAAAAGACCCUCAGCGUUCUGUUACGAGAAUGCAAGAUCGUGCCUGUCGUCAAUCAAGUCGAAUUACAUGCGCUGAAUCCCAAUCUAAAAUUGACGCCAUGGUGUGAGGAUCAUGGCAUUAAGGUUAUGAGUUGGAGCACCAUAGGUGGAGGCGCUGAAUCCUCUCAGGCAAGCAAGGAGAUUCUGAGUAAUCCAUUAUUCACGGAUAUUGCUGCGGCCCACGGCAUACCAGUGGGUGCGGUUUCAUUGUCAUGGGCAGUUCAGCGUGGUAUUAUCGUGAUCCCGAAAAGCAGCUCGACAGCUCGCAUCGAUUCCAAUAUCCGUCUUGUACGGUUAACGGAUGAUGAAAUAGAAGCCAUAAACAAUGCAGAAAACACGAUCGGCCGUAUCAGAUUGACAGAUAACGCUCCUGCAAUUCAAAAGGAAAUUAAGGGUAGAAAGACAGUCAUGGGAUGGACAGCGGAGGACUAUGGAUGGGAAGACAGUGAAGGGACCUGGUUAACAUAG